UCAGUACCUUUUUGUAAUCAGAGGAAGGUAGAUGUUAAUUGAUCUUUGGUUUUUAUAGAAUAUUUACGAAAUCUGUUCUAUAAUAUCGGAAGGAAAUCAUUUUUUCAAAUCAAUAGGACUUGUUUCGGACAGUGAUUUCAUACAUUAUAUUUCAUUGAGUUUGUUCAAUGUGAAUGGAUUUCAAAUUUAUUGAUUUAUUAAAGGUUAGUACAGAUCGGUCUAACAUGUACGAACGAUGUCUUUGGAUCUAGCCGAGGUUGUUGAGGACCUGAUUUGCACCUUCGACUCCCACGGAGACACCACCAUGGACACGCUGGCCAUGUUCGUUUUCGGCUGGAUCCUGGCAGCCCUCUUCGUCCUCUGGCUUGGCAAAUUCGUCUACGCCAAAGUGUCCAACAAGCUAGAAGAACGAAGGGUUGAAACCACCACCACGACGCCGGUUUCUGAAGGUGCAGAGGCCAAGAAGACGGUGUCGGUGACGAGGAGCGUCUCCUCCAAGGCUUCUUCUAGCCCCAGAGGAAGCUACGUGCCGCCCACACCACCUGUGAGGAAGAGGCUGACGAGGGCCAGUCCAGGGCCGGAGUUGAGGAAGCCGGUCAAGUUUUUAGCCGCGCCUCAGUGCACAGGACCGGACAAUCUUUGUGUUUUGUGGGUUAACGAUGUUUUUCAGUGGUUGUACAACGAUCACGUGGUCGUGGCUGAGUUGUUGGAUUGUUGGAUUAGGUCGUUGAACGAGUAUAUGAAGAAGGCGGCUCUGGAUCAAGGUAUCACUGUGGAACUGAUCAGAAUACUACCAGAAACAAACCCACCUACUAUAGGAAACGUAUUUGCUGAAUGUGAUUCUAAAGAUGAUGUGACUAUAACUUGCGACUGUGAAGCAACUCCUGCAUUCCAAUUGAAAAGCCUACGACAGAAAGACGAAAAAAUCGAAACUUCUCACUUCAGGAUAAACGUGAAUAGGUUCAGGGCUAGACUGAACAUUUUUUGUGUGACUGAGAAACUGCAGACAGACGUCAAAUGCGAUGGAUGGCCCGAAAUCAAGGUGGCUCUGGCCCCGGUGGGUAACAUCAAGAAUAGCUUGGACGAGAAUCACCUACAAGAGGUCAUUUCAGAUAUAUUUGUAAACGCAUUGAGGAACACUGAAGUUCAUUUGAAUUUAGCGCAAUAUCCACAAUGUCCAAAAUUGAUCAGACAUGUCGAAAUGCCUACUGGACAACAAUUUCUACCUGUACAUUAUGACAGCAUGGUUUCUGCAUUACAGAACAAAGCAUACACAUCGACGCCAAAUCAUGUAACGCCAGAUUCGCCAAUGGUCAGCCCAAGCAGUAGAAGGCUGUUGGUCAAAGUUGUCCGAGCAGCUCAACUAGGUGGACCACAAGGGUGCAGAGAUCCAUUCUGUGUGAUUGAAAUGGAUGAACCAUCACAGAAAAACCAAACAUCUGUACAAAAGAGUACAGACUCACCUAGCUGGGAUGAACACUUUUUAUUAGACGUUACCAAUAAUACUUCAGAAAUUCUGUUCGAAGUAUAUGAUCAUGCAGAGAAUCCACACAGGUUCUUGGGCGUUGGUAUUGUAGGUGUGGAAGAGCUCCUGAUCAAUCCCGCCCAAAGACAGAUAAUUUCACUUCAAGGCCGUCCAUAUGAAAGCGAUCCAAUAACAGGAACACUUACAGUAGAGUUUAUGUUUAUAGAAGGAGCAGACAUACCUUUCUUAGAAAAUAGCAGGCCUUACAAAAUUAAGGAGACUAUACCAAAUCCGACCAUACCUAGAAACUUGAACACAAGCAGUAGUAAUCAUUCGUUUAGGCAUAACGAAAAUUUGACGAACGGUAAUCUGAAUGAUUCCUUAGCACACAGAGAUCAUGGACUGAAUAGCACAGAAAACAAUACAAUAAUUAUCCAUAGUAUACAAAAGCAACCAUCACAAAGGAUAGUCAAAGUCGAACUAGUCGAUGGAGUUUGGAAAGAAAUUGGUGAGAGAGAGGAAGAAAUAAUCGAUGAGCAGGAACUGGAGGUAAAACCUAAAACUUCUGAAGACAGCGGAGUUUACACCAAUGGUAACGCCUCUAACGGAAAAAUUUUGAGUGAUUCUACGCUUGAUACUACUGAUGCUAACACUAGUGCUGAAACUGAGAAAUCAGAGAGAGGUGAUAGGUCUCCUGUGAAAGGUGGUCCAUUCGCAGUCACCGAUGAACCUCCUCCGCAAGAGUUCAGAGGAAGGGCGAAAAAGAGGAGGGACUUCUUCGGAACAAUAAAACGUAGGUUAGGAAAGUCGAAAAAUCGAUCAAAGUCGGCAGGGCCUGAGAAUGACGUUGGAAGGGAUGAUUCCCUGAAUCGGUCAAUUUCUGCUGAUAGGAGUAGAAACGAUGGAUACCAAUUGAACAUACCUGGCCACAGAUCUCUUGAAGAAUCUUCGAGGAGAUCUAGUCUUUCAGAAGCCUCAGGCCUAAGUACUGCCUCGGGUAGGACCUACGUAAAUGAAGCUAGUACUCUUGUACUCGAAACGAUGGAGAAUGGAAUCAAGAAGCACUACUUAGUACCUCUUUCUCUGGCACAAAAAUCAAAAUGGAGGAAAAAGGGUGUUAAACUGCACAUAUUCAACGACCACACCUUCAUCGCUAAACACUUAUCAGGAAGCACAACAUGUCAAGUGUGCUUGAAAAGCAUAGCAAGGAGGAUAGGCAAGCAAGGAUAUGAGUGUAGAGAUUGUCAAAUGAAGUGUCACAAGCACUGCCACGUCAAAGUGAAUGACAAUUGUCCAACAUCUACCAUACACAACAUAGAAUUGUCCAUGCUUCCUGUCUUGAGCGAAUAAACUAUGAUCCUACAUAACGAAUCCGUACACUGACAAGAAUCUGCGAAUGUUGUGACAGCACAUAUUUAUAUAUUGUUACGAAUUUUACCUUGAGAAAAU